UCUCUCUCCAGCAGCAGGUCUCUGUCUCGUCAUUGCUUUUCACUAACUGCUUAAUUUGCGUAGUGGAGAAUUAAUUGAAGAAAAUGGCAACCAAAGAAGAGACCGAUGAUCAGAAUCCCAUUGUGAUGGCUGUUCAUGAUCAUCAACCUGCUGACAACUCAGAUGAACAUGAACAUGAACAAGAUCACUCUCAACCUCUCCAUUUCAAGACCCUCCUCUGGAAUGGUGGCUCUGCCUAUGAUGCAUGGUUCAACUGCGCCUCCAAUCAGGUGGCGCAGGUUCUGUUAACGCUGCCCUACUCUUUCGCUCAGCUGGGGAUGGUUUCCGGCAUCAUUCUACAGGUGUUCUACGGCAUCCUUGGUAGCUGGACGGCCUAUCUGAUCAGCUGUUUAUACAUUGAGUAUCGUUCUAGGAAAGAGAAGGAAGAGAAUGUCAAUUUCAAGAACCAUGUCAUUCAGUGGUUUGAAGUAUUAGAUGGGUUAUUGGGUCCAUACUGGAAAGCCGUCGGAUUGGCCUUCAAUUGCACCUUCCUCCUCUUUGGCUGCGUCAUUCAGCUUAUAGCCUGUGCAAGUAAUAUAUAUUACAUAAAUAAUAAUUUGGACAAGAGGACAUGGACAUACAUUUUUGGAGCUUGUUGUGCCACCACUGUUUUCAUACCUUCAUAUCACAAUUAUAGAAUUUGGUCUUUUCUCGGUCUUGCUAUGACAACUUACACAGCCUGGUACAUGACCAUCGCCGCCGUAAUCCACGGCCAGGUUGAUGGUGUGACCCAUUCUGGACCCACCAAAAUGGUGCUUUAUUUCACUGGGGCCACCAAUAUCUUGUAUACUUUCGGCGGCCAUGCCAUCACCGUGGAGAUAAUGCAUGCGAUGUGGAAACCAAAGAAGUUCAAAUACAUUUAUUUGUAUGCAACUAUGUAUGUCUUCACCUUGACCAUCCCUUCGGCUGCCGCAGUCUAUUGGGCGUUUGGCGAUCAGCUACUCACCCACGCCAACGCCUUUUCCCUCCUCCCGGCCUCUGGUUUUCGUACGGCCGCCAUUAUUCUAAUGCUGAUCCACCAGUUCAUAACAUUCGGGUUUGCUUGCACGCCGCUGUACUUUGUGUGGGAAAAGGUGAUAGGUAUGCACGGGACCAAGAGUAUAUUCAUGAGGGCGGUUGCAAGGCUGCCUGUGGUCAUACCCAUUUGGUUCUUGGCCAUAAUCUUCCCAUUUUUUGGGCCUAUUAACUCUGCUGUGGGUGCACUUUUGGUUAGCUUCACAGUUUACAUCAUUCCUGCUCUUGCCCAUAUGCUCACUUUCAGAGAUGCUUCUGCCAGAAAGAAUGCAGUAGAGAAGCCACCAUUCUUUCUACCCAGUUGGACUGGAAUGUAUGCUGUGAAUAUAUUUGUGGUGGUUUGGGUGUUGGUGGUUGGUUUUGGUUUUGGAGGAUGGGCGAGUAUGACUAACUUCAUCAAGCAGGUUGAUACGUUUGGGCUCUUUGCUAAAUGCUAUCAGUGCAAGCCUCUAUCACCCCAUCAUCAUUAACCCUCCCCUGUUGUGUUUUUGUUCAUCAAAAUGUGUUAAUUUGGUCUUUAAUUAGUAAAUUCUCAUACAGACUUACAGUUAGUUUUUGUCUAGUGAUAUGAUUGAUCAUGAUUCAUGGGUAAAUGCAAUUUGUUUUGUUUUCAUUAGGGAAUUAAUUAGUGUAUGAUAAAUCAAUCAUGGUUAUGGGUUUUAACUAAAAUUUUUAU